GCAGCGGCGGGCAGGGGAGGGAGGGACGGUCGACGGAGGGAUUUGGAGCCCCGCAGCUUCACGAUCGCUUUGGCAGCAUGUGAACCACUUCUUGCCAAGAAUCCAGGUCACUGCUGUGAAGGGGGCCUUAGGGAGAAGAAUAUCCAGAGGGAACCAAUGCCAGACACGUCUGGAAUUACACUCACCACAGUCAGCAUGAGCCAUUCUGUGCGAGCAUCUGUGUCCUACUGGCAGAGACUAUAACUCUCCAGGUAGGAGGGUCCUGGAAGCAGAAAGCACCAGGAGCCUCUAGAGGAAGAAUGGGGCCAGAUAUGAACUUUCUACAAUGAACACGAUUUUCACUUUAUGAAGAAAUUUUAAGUAAAGCAGUUAUUUAACUUCUACAUAUUCAAGCUGAAUAACCUUCUUUGUGACGUGCCAGAAGUCACACCCCUUCAUAGGAGUUAUCAAGAUUUUACUGGCACUGAGAGGAACUUUUUCUUGGUACUUCUGGCAGUGACAGAUCUGCAGGACAGAGUUUUCUGCUGAAUGUUCUUAGGCAGGGGAAAGAGUAAAACCUCUGGAAGCAGAGUGAGGAUAACAGAUCCCUUCCUUGCUGCUCACUUUCACAGCAACUCAGCCCAGACUCGGAUGUUUUUACUGAAGAUUUAUUCUUCGUUGUUCAUCUCGAGAAUCAUCUCUUCUAGGGUAGCCUGGCAUUUUCAGCCUGCCUUCUGUGGCUCUUUUCCUCCUCUAGUCCAACUCCUAGCCUUUCUCUACAGUCAAAUGAUGUGAACUUUGGCAUGGAGUUUGUUAUACCCUGGGGACUUGCUUCCUUUCCCAGGCUGAUGCUGUCAGAAAGGACCAUUUGAAGGUUGCCGUUUGUUUUUGGGGAGGAGGGCACUGGCCUUGCCUGGAUCCUCCACCAUGUUCUUGUUGCUGCCUUUUGAUAGCCUGAUUGUCAACCUUCUGGGCAUCUCCCUGACCGUCCUCUUCACCCUUCUUCUUGUUUUCAUCAUUGUUCCAGCCAUUUUUGGAGUCUCUUUUGGUAUCCGAAAACUCUACAUGAAAACUUUGUUAAAAAUCUUUGCGUGGGCUACCUUAAGGAUGGAGAGGGGAGCCAAGGAAAAGAACCACCAACUUUAUAAGCCCUAUACCAAUGGAAUCAUUGCAAAAGAUCCCACUUCCCUAGAAGAAGAAAUCAAAGAAAUUCGCCGAAGUGGGAGUAGUAAGGCUCUGGAUAACACUCCAGAGUUUGAGCUCUCUGACAUUUUCUACUUUUGUCGGAAAGGAAUGGAAACUAUUAUGGAUGAUGAGGUGACAAAGAGAUUUUCAGCAGAGGAGUUGGAGUCCUGGAAUCUGCUAAGCAGAACCAAUUAUAACUUUCAGUAUAUCAGCCUGCGGCUCACUGUGUUAUGGGGGUUAGGCGUGCUGAUUCGGUAUUGCUUCCUCCUACCACUCAGGAUUGCUCUUGCUUUCACGGGGAUUAGCCUUCUGGUGGUGGGCACAACCAUGGUGGGAUAUUUGCCAAAUGGGAGGUUUAAAGAAUUCUUGAGUAAACAUGUUCACCUGAUGUGUUACCGGAUUUGUGUGCGCGCUCUGACAGCCAUCAUCACCUACCAUGACAGGGAAAACAGACCUAGAAAUGGUGGCAUCUGUGUGGCCAAUCAUACCUCUCCUAUUGAUGUAAUCAUUCUGGCCAGUGAUGGCUACUAUGCCAUGGUGGGCCAAGUGCAUGGAGGACUUAUGGGUGUGAUUCAGAGAGCCAUGGUAAAGGCCUGCCCUCAUGUCUGGUUUGAGCGCUCUGAAGUAAAAGAUCGCCACCUAGUGGCUAAAAGACUUACUGAGCACGUUCAGGAUAAAAGCAAGCUGCCUAUCCUCAUUUUCCCCGAAGGAACCUGCAUUAAUAAUACAUCGGUGAUGAUGUUCAAAAAGGGAAGUUUUGAAAUUGGAGCUACUGUUUACCCUGUUGCUAUCAAGUAUGAUCCUCAGUUUGGUGAUGCCUUUUGGAACAGCAGCAAAUAUGGGAUGGUGACUUACCUGCUGAGAAUGAUGACCAGCUGGGCCAUUGUCUGCAGCGUUUGGUACCUGCCACCCAUGACCAGAGAGACAGAUGAAGAUGCUGUCCAAUUUGCAAAUAGGGUGAAAUCUGCCAUUGCCAGGCAAGGAGGACUUGUGGACCUACUGUGGGAUGGUGGUCUGAAGAGGGAGAAGGUGAAGGAUACAUUCAAAGAGGAGCAGCAGAAGUUGUAUAGCAAGAUGAUUGUUGGUAAUCACGAGGACAGGAGUCGUUCCUGA